UCGGCCCCGGCUCGCUCGCUCGCUCUGCGCCGGCGGGGGCGCGGGUUCGGGCCGGCCGCGCUGCGCUCUCGCCCGUCCUGCGCCCGGGCCUCCGGGGCCCCGCGGCGGCCGCGCAAGAUGAAGCUGGCCCUGCUCCUGCCCUGGGCGUGCUGCUGCCUCUGCGGCUCGGCGCUGGCCACCGGCUUCCUCUACCCCUUCCCGGCCGCAGCCCUGCCGCAGCACGGCUACCCCGAGCCGGCCGCCGGCUCCCCGGGCAGCGGCUACGCGGGCCGCCGGCACUGGUGCCAUCACACGGUGACGCGGACGGUGUCCUGCCAGGUGCAGAACGGCUCGGAGACAGUGGUCCAGCGCGUCUACCAGAGCUGCCGGUGGCCCGGGCCCUGCGCCAACCUUGUGAGUUACAGGACUCUGAUCAGACCCACAUACAGAGUGUCCUACCGCACCGUGACGGCGCUGGAGUGGAGGUGCUGCCCUGGCUUCACCGGGAGCAACUGUGACGAGGAAUGCAUGAACUGUACCCGGCUCAGCGACAUGAGUGAGCGGCUGACCACGCUGGAGGCCAAGGUUCUCCUGCUGGAAGCUGCAGAACGGCCCUCAGGCCCGGACAACGACCUGCCGGUGCCCCAGAGCAGCCCACCGCCCUGGAACGAGGAUUUCCUCCCAGAUGCCAUCCCCCUCGCCCACCCGGGGCCCCAAAGGAGAAGACCCACAGGCCCAGCCGGGCCCCCAGGGCAGACGGGACCACCAGGGCCUGCAGGCCCCCCAGGCUCCAAAGGUGACCGGGGCCAGGCGGGAGAGAAGGGCCCAGCGGGGCCUCCGGGCCUCUUGGGGCCGCCAGGGCCCCGCGGGCUUCCUGGAGAGAUGGGGCGCCCUGGCCCCCCUGGCCCCCCUGGCCCGGCAGGCAGCCCUGGCCUCCCUCCAGGUGGCCCCCAAGGCGUCCUCUACUCCCUGCAGCCGCCCACCGACAAGGACAAUGGGGACGCGCAGCUGGCCUCUGCUGCUGUGGACACCGUGCUGGCAGGCGUCCCGGGGCCCCGGGGCCCCCCAGGUCCUCCAGGUCCCCCUGGACCACUCGGUCCCCCAGGACCCCCAGGUGUGCCUGGAUCCCAGGGUCCGGCUGGAGAGCGGCCCGAGCCGGGGCCCACAGUGGCGGGCGAGCCUGGUGGGAAGGCUGAGGAAGGGGAGAAAGCCGCCGCCGAGGGCGAGGGGGUCCAGCAGCUGCGGGAGGCCCUGAAGAUCCUGGCGGAGAGAGUCCUCAUCCUGGAGCACAUGAUUGGGAUCCACGAUCCCCUGGCGUCCCCUGAGGGGGGCUCCGGCCAGGACGCCGCCCUGAGGGCCAGCCUCAAGAUGAAGCGGGGUGGCCCACCCCCCGACGGCUCACUGGCCGCCCUGCUCGGCCCCGACCCUGGGCAGAAGAGCGCGGGCCGGGCCAGCAGCAGGCAGUAGGGCCAGCUCUCCAGGACAAGCCCGGCCCCUAGAGCCCCAGCCCAAGAGCCCCAGCCCGAGGCCUGUGCCACUGCCGGCUCCUGAGGGCACCCCCAGUGGGCCAGGGCUCCAGGUGGACGACGAUGAGGGACACUGGCUCCUGAGGCCUGGAGACCUUGGGGACAGAUGGCAUCUCCAGGGGCAGGGUCCAGAGGGGCCCAGCACGCUUGGCAGAGCCCUGCCCCAGUCCCUGCCCCCUACGCCCCCUCCCUGCAGGAGCUGGGGUCCGGGUGGGCGGAGAGCGUGGGAAUAAUCGUAAUCCCCGUCAUUUCCUGAGUCCCUGCUAGGCGGGCGCCUGUCCAGGGGCUGGCCCCACAUUGUCUCAUUUAGCCCUUAGAUAGGCUUAUUGUCCCCGCCUGCUGGGGGAACAACGGAGGCUUGGAGAGGAUGAGUGACCCGCCCCAGACCACCGGACCGUGGGCGGCUGGGGCAGGAUUUGAACCCAGGCCUCUCCCUUCCGAACUCUCCACCCAGCCAGCUUACCCUCUUCACGGGGAAACUCGGCCAGCGCGGGCGCAGGGCUGGCGAGACUGGACCGGCCGGCGGGUGGGGAGGAGGGUGGGGAGGAGGGUGGGGAGGAGGGUGGGCCCUCCCCAGCACCCCGAGACUGCAUGCGCGGCACCUGGGCCACCUUCCGUGACGGCCCUCCCCGGGCUCGGGGUCUGCUCCGAGGGCUGGCAGCGUCUGGGCCUGUAUCUGCUCCUGGAGGCCAGGAAGGCCUUGAAUAAAGCCACGACAGUCACAUGGACUUGGGGACCGUGAAAGAGGAGCCCUGGGGUGCAGGGGCCCUCAAACCGUGUUGGCAUGGCCACCACAGCAUCCCAGUCUCUUUGAGCCCACCCGCCCCCAGGCCCCCGUCCCCGGAGCCGGGAGGAGGCAAGAUUGAAUGGAAUGCGCAUCCUCCAGGGGCCACCACAUGCCCCCUCGCAGGCUCCUGGGAAUCUGUAGGCUUGGCCAUUUCUGCCACACGGCAAGUCCUGUGUCCCCUUGACACAGAGGAAGGAGGGCUGUCUAUGUCCCAGGCCCUGGUGGGGAGAGACGCCCCUGCCCUCAGGGCUGCGAGCCCAGGCGGGCCCCCCAGCAGACGCCCGGAGCAGCUCAGACCCAGCCAUCUGGGCCACUCAGGCCUCUCAGGCCUUGGGUCCCCUGUGACCUGGACCAGCCCUGGUGCUGCUCCCUCGCUGGGCCUCACAGGUGCUGGCGCCCCCCGGGCAUGUGUCCCCUCAGGAGAAGUGAUGGUCCCCAGAGCCCUGGGUGCUCCUGGGCAGCUGUGGCCUGGUCCCUGGCCCCUGGUAACCUCUCUCUGCCCUCGAGGCCCUGACUGCCCCUCAUGAGGCAGGGCUGGCCCUAGGGCCGAGGUGUGGCCUCCCGCAGGCCUGCUGUUACAGAGGGGCAGUCGGAAGUGGACAGGACGUCUGUAAGACUCUGACA